AUUAAAACUUUUUACAAUAUUAAUUUAAAAAUUUACAAAAAUUUAUAAUUAAAACUAUAAAAAUUUGUUAUUUUAUGAUGGAAGAAAGAAUGUGUGCAUGGCAUAUAUAUAAGCACAACAUACAUAAAUAUAUACUUUGUCAUGUUGACUAUAAACUAUUAAAGAAUAAAUGAUCAGAAAUUAAUGACAUAUGCUGGGGUUUUAGUAUUUUUUAAAACUAAAAAAAUGAGAUAUUUCCAGUAUAUACGCGACGAAAGAAAAAAAAAAAAAAUAAAUCUGCCUCCUGUGAGGUUUGAACUCACGACCCCUGGUUUACGAGACCAGUGCUCUACCACUGAGCUAAAGAGGCUUCGGAUUACUGUUUGCUUAGAAAGCCAUAAACCUUUUCUCAAUUAGCUAACAAAAAUUAGCUAAUAAAAAUAACUGUUGCAAAGAUAACUCUAUUUAAUUAUGUAAAAUUAUAUUUUAAGAAAUUCUCGAACGCAUUUGUUUACAUAUCCAUCGAUCACGGCGGUUUCAAAAACAGACAAUUUUUUUACUAUUAUAUUUUUUCCUUUUGUUUUCAUAUAUCUGUAAUUAAAAGUAAAUUGCCAUUUAACGAUUUUCUAACAGAAGAUUAGCAAUUGUAUUUUGUUGUAAAAGAAUUUUGUGAACACAGAUAAAGAUGAAAGAGUUCAUUAUUCUCAAAAGUGAAAUCGAAAUGUAGAAGUUAAUGUAAAAGUUUAGUCGGAAAGAAUUUCUGAUCCAAACGAAAGAUGAUACUUCUUCAAUGAAACUGGUGGAUGCUUCAUGGAACUCGGAUCCUUUUGGACUCUGGAUCACGAUCUCGGAUGAUGAAUCGUCAUAGACUUGGACGGACGAAAGGGUCUCCGGGUCGAAAAGUUCGUAUCCCGAAUCAAGAUUAUCGAGUUGGCGCCGGACAUGUUUCGAAGUGCGAAAUGCAAUCUCCAGGGACUUUCCUCAAGGCCUGGCGACGAAGAUAAAAAGCACCGGAAGACGAUAAAAGCUAUCACUCGCGUGCCGAACGGAAACUGUUGUUUCCCGCCCUCCGCUAUAUGGACAAGUGCAGCCCCAAACAAAAGGAUGGAUUCCCUGCUCCCAGUCCUCGCCGUCUCGUGCUUAAUGACGCAAAUCUAAUUUUCUUCUGUGCCGGAAUCUUUCGCGCGUAGCUUCGCAAUCACGCUUAUUGUGUUUAUGAUUAUCGCGUGAAGCGGUGCGUGAAGCCGGAAGUGUUUAAAACCGCGUAAACCAACGUGCUAUUAUUAUCCGACGUAAAGGCGGUGUCCGCGACGUGUUUGCUCUUGAAAUAAGAUACAUCUUUUUAACAUUGUCUCGAAUUAAAACCCUGCAGAUUCCUCGUUAACUCGUUGUGCGCGAAUCCACGCACAUGUAUGUGCGUCUCAUAUAGUUGCGUGAAGAUGAAGUGUUCUUCAAUGAUACUGCUGUUAUUUGCUUUCUUUGGACAGUGCAUUGUUUGCUCUUGGCAGAUACAGCUUCGAUGUCCUAUGGUGAAGCUGAAUAAUGGAAGAGUUCGUAUACGGGCUCGAGGUAGACUCAUGAGAUUUUUAUGUGAUGAUGGAUAUACUCUUGUGGGCAACAAGUAUUCUACGUGCGUACGUGGUCAAUGGGACACACCUAAGCCCGUGUGUGUGAACAGGGGUUGUCCGAUGCCGCCAAAACUGGAUAAUUCAAUUAUGAUACCGAAAUUGCAAGGUGCAAUAUUAAUGUUCUUCUGCGAGCCUAAUUACUCCCUGAUCGGCAGCGCUGAAAUUUAUUGCGAUGGACGUCAGUGGAAUGGAACGAUUCCUUAUUGUCGAGGCGUGAACGUAUCCGCGCCGACAAAAUGCGACUUUGAAAGCCCGGAUCUUUGCUGGUGGGAACAAGAUCCUCAGCAUGAUUUCGAUUGGAAACGUCAUAACUUCGAGACACCGAGUUUACACAUCGGCACCGGUCCGACGCAUGAUCAUACUCUGGGAGCCGGAAAUGACGGCCAUUAUCUUUACAUCGAGGCAUCUGGACGCUUGGUGAACGAUACGGCGAGAAUUAUAUCUCCACUGUACAAUUCUUCAUUGACUGAAUCGGGAUGUUUUUCGUUAUGGUAUCAUAUGUACGGUGCCACGAUCGGUUCAUUGAAUAUAUAUUUCAAGCCGGAGCUUACUGCGCCGCGACUGAUAUUCACCAAAAGUGGAAACCAAGGAAAUCAAUGGUUUCAUGGCAUUUCCAGUCUACCGAAAGUUAACGUCAGCUUUCAGAUUAUUAUAGAAGGAGUGCGAGGUAUCAGUUACGUAAGCGAUAUUGCGAUUGACGAUGUUGCUAUUUUACAAGGGGAUGAGUGUACUGUUAAAAACGAAACUACCGUAACAGUAAGUGAUUACGAUCAAGUCGAAAUAAUUAACGCGCAACAGACCUGUCGGGAUAGAUGCGUUUUGAUCAAUGAAACCAUUAUCUUUCCCGUUCCGACAGAGAGUUUUGGACCGGAGAGUUGCCUUUGCACGAUCGAUUGUGCGGAACGCUCUAUUUGCUGCCCAGAUUACGCUGAAUAUUGCAUACUAGGAAACACAAUAUUUGAUAUUACGACGGAGUCACUAAUUGAAAUUACACCGAUUGCACCGGUGAAGAAUUCUACUCUGACAGGAUUUCCUAUAAAUCCGAAGGACGAUAUUGACCCAAGUAUGCCUAACACGACAAUGUCGACGACCACACGAAGACCCACCACCACAGCACCAAGGCGACCUUCGACUACAACCAAGGCACAAACCAGAAGAACAACGCAAAGAACAACACCUGUGAAGCCAACGCAGCAGGCCGAAACGAAGGAAACGCCAUUCCUACCCAAAGCUUCGACAAUGAAAGACAUAGAACCUCAAGAUCAAUCUGAUGUGCACAAGGAAAUAGAAAAGUAUAUGACAACGAUAACACAAGAUAGAGGGAUCACAAUACCAGAGAUCAUCGCCGCAGUAGGUGCAACUUUGUUUAUCGUAACAAUUGCGAUAGUGAUUUUCUUUAUCAGAAGAAGGAAAACUUACAAAAGAGGAGCGAGCGGUUCAGCGCUCUCAGAAGAUAGUGACGUCCGUUUCUUGACAUCCGAUGAAAUUCUCGACUUUAAUUUAGCCCGACCUACUGAUAACGACGAAAUGUAGCCCUACGUUAUUAAAAUUCCUCCUUUAAAUGGAGUUAAAUUAAAUUGAUUUUUUGAUAAAAUGAUUGAUUAACAAAUUGAUUAAGCGAAUAGAGUCUCGUAGAAAACUCCAUGAAUGGAACAUAAUCGCAGCUGUAUUUUGUUUUUAUUGAUCAUUUCAACUUUUUCAAUUAUUGACGAUAUAAAAUUCUCGAUAUUUUGCUCAUCCAGAGGAAACUAUGUUUCUUUAAGAUAUUAAAAUUAUGUAUAUUUUUGUUUAACUAUUUUAAAAUAAUAAUAAAACUUAACUUUUAUGCUAAUAAAUGUUAUAUAAUAAGAAUAAGUAUUAUAAUAGGGAGUAUUAUAAUAAGAAUAAUAAGUAUUAUUGCGGACUUAUUAUUAUGCCAUUAUAGAAGAUUUUUUAAAAAGGUUAAAUACUACAAAUGCAUGUACAAUUUUAAUUUUUUACAUAUGAAGAAAUUAUAUAAUUUUAUAUAUUAAACUUAU